UAUAUAUGUAAUUUAUUUUAGAAAACUUUCGAUUUCUUCUAUAUUAUUACAUAUCGUUAAAUUAAUUUUUAAGAAAGAAUAUCAUGGUAUUUCGUACAUUAAUUGCUCAAGUUGGAGCUAAACGGGUUCCAUUAAUUAAAUUCCGUAAAGGCGGUUAUGAGACGAGUGCCGUCACAGGCUCAACUGGAACAAAUCAGGCGAGUUAUUAUGUUCAUCCAAGUUCAGUGGUCAAAGAAAAUAAUUCUAACGCUAUUGAGGAUUGGGAAUUGCCUCCGCGUUUUGCCAGAAAGCCUAUUAGUCCCGAAGAAAUGGAAUAUAUAAACCGUGGUGGUCCCGCUUAAUCUAUUUGGUGAAAGCGAACUUGAACACAUCAAUUAAAAUUAUAAUAUCGAAGUAAAUAAAUUUAUGACAAAACUUUAA